AUGACCGCCGAUGCUCAGCAGCCCCACGCCCAACCGCAGUCAAUCGCCGCCAUUUCCAUCAUCAUUAACACAAACUCCACGACGACGACGACCACCACCACCAUCACCACAGCUCCCAUUCUCGCCACUGACCAAAACCCUCCCGACGGCCCACCAACUACUGCGCUCACCACCACCUUGAGAGGUGUGGGAUCAGUCCUAACCUGCCGUAAUCGUGAUGACACAUUCGCCUCACCUAACGACCUAAUCGGUCACUUGCGAACGCAUCGCACUGCGAAAGGCACAUCAGUGCCAGGACCCCCCACACACAUUCCCCGUAUCCGCCUCCACUGUCCACGCACAUUCAUACGCCGCAUGGGCCUAUGCGGUCACAUGCGUAUCCAUAACGGCGGAAUUCGUUGUUGUAUUGAUGCACGUACCACAUCUUGCACGCCCACAAACCCACCCCCCUAUCCCCAGCUUAAUCAACUCCUCAACGAUCAGCGCACCCAUCACUAG